CUUUUUUUGUUUCAUCCAAUUAGUUCCAUUAGUUGUAUUAGCUAGCUAGCUAGCUCUCUUUCACUCUCUGAUUGAUAAAAGGUGGUAGCUAGUGUACAUAUAUAUAUAUAUAUAGAUAGAUAGGUAUGGCGCAGCUUAUAAGUAAUAGUAGUAGGAUUGUUAUGUGGGUGGUGUUGUGUUUGAUGAUGUGGUGGUUGGGGUUAUCGGCAGCAGCGUACAAUUACAAUGUGAUGAGUUAUGGAGCAAAAGCGGAUGGGAAAACGGAGUGCAGCAGAGCAUUCGUGAAGGCGUGGGCAUCGGCAUGUGGGUCCCAAAGAGCAGCCACAAUGUACGUUCCCAAGGGCAGGUUCUUGAUAAAGGCCGUACAGUUUAGCGGUCCGUGUAGAAACAGAGUGACGGUUCAGAUGGACGGCACCCUGGUUGCUCCCUCAAACUACUGGGAUAUGGGAAACUCCGGCUUCUGGAUUCUGUUCAUAAAGGUCACCGAUCUUGCGGUCAUUGGUGGCACUCUUGAUGCCAAAGGACCUGCCUUCUGGGCCUGCAGGAGAUCUGGGAGCACAUGUCCAGUAGGAGCUAGGUCUAUAACAUUCAAUUGGGCCAACAACAUAGUAAUCAGCGGAUUAACCUCCAUCAACAGCCAACUGAGUCACCUCGUAAUCAACAGCUGCAACAACGUUCUAGUCCGAAAUGUAAAUCUAAUAGCCCCCGACCAGAGCCCCAACACCGACGGUAUUCAUGUGCAGAGCUCCACCGGCAUCACGAUUACAGGCGCUACCUUGAAGACCGGAGAUGACUGCGUAUCAAUCGGUCCAGGCACCAAAAACAUGCUUAUGACCAACAUCAAGUGUGGCCCCGGACACGGAGUAAGCAUUGGAAGUCUAGGGAAGGAUCUGUACGAGAACGGGGUGCAGAACGUGACACUAACAAAUGCUGUGUUCACUGGAUCAGACAACGGAGUUCGAAUCAAGUCAUGGGCUAGGCCCAGCAAGGGGUACGUGAGCAACAUUGUGUUCCAGAACCUUAUCAUGAACAACGUUCAGAACCCCAUAAUCAUCGAUCAGAAUUACUGUCCAAACAACCAAGGAUGUCCCCGCCAGAGCUCCGGCGUCAAAAUCAGCGGAGUGACAUACAGAAACAUAAAAGGAUCGUCGGCGACCCCGGAGGCUGUGACAUUCGAUUGCAGCCGCAGUAAUCCAUGCAGAGGGAUUAGACUGCAAGACAUAAAGCUCACUUUUAGGAACGGCCCAGCAACAUCUUCCUGCAACAAUAUUGGUGGAACCAGCAUUGGAGUUCUCAUCCCCAGGAGCUGUCUGCGAUCAUGAUCAAUAUUAGUAUUCAUGACAUGUGGCAUGUCAUGUUUUAUAUAUAUAUAUAUAUAUAUAUACAUCGUCAGUUCGUCACCACCACCACUAUCAUCGUCAUCAUGGGUGUGCGGUUUACCUACAUACACCACAUGUACUUUGACUCAUUUUUAUAUAUUCAAGUACUUUUACAUGGUAAUCGAGUGUUAGUGUUGCA